GCAUUGACCACUUCCGGCUUUGGGUGCUGAUGAGACUGAAGUGAACUGCUGAUGCUUUGUGUAUUCGUUUAGCUGUUGAUGCUCAUGUGUAGAUUUAUAGCCUCUUAUUUCAGUUUUUACGCGAUAAAGCGCAGCAGACUUUGUCCUUGUUGGGUCGAAAUAAAAAAGACGAUUGAACGACACAGAAGAUGGCUGAUAGAAGUGACCUGAAAGCUGAGCUUGAGCGCAAAAAGCAGCGCUUAGCCCAGAUUCGAGAGGAGAAAAAAAGAAAGGAGGAAGAGAGAAAGAAAAAAGAGUCUGAGAUGCUUCAGAGGGCCGAGAAUGUGUCAGAGGACUCGGACCUGGACAGAAAGAGAAGAGAGACAGAGGCGCUCCUGCAGAGCAUUGGAAUUUCACCAGAACCACCUUUAGUGCAGCCACUGCAGCUUUUAACAUGGGAUACCUGUUAUUUUCAUUAUUUAGUCCCAACCCCUAUGUCUCCCUCUUCGCAAUCAGUGAGCCCACCCAGUGAAACUGGAAGUCAGGAGUCCAUAGAUGGAGGAACAGUGGGAAGAUAUCGGACGUUACAGUGGGACACCGACCCCUCAGCUCUUCAACUUCUUGCAGAUUCGGUUCAUGGGUGCAGGAUGCAAAGGCUUGGUGCAUCAAAAAUUGUUCAGAUUGAUUUCAUGCCAAAAGAACAGGUGACAUACUCUAAAGAGACACAGACUCCUGUGGCAUCUGAUCAGCCUGAAGAGGAGGAGGAUGAGGAGCUUUCAGUGACCAAAGCUGAACCUGUGCCACAGCAGCUGGAGGAGGAGAAUGCUCAGGAGGCCGAAGAAGAUCAACCUAGAGAACUGACCAACGAGGAGAAAGAGCAGAUUAUUCAUUCAGAGGAUUUCCUGUUUUUCUUCGACCGAAGCAUCAGUGUAAUGGAGCGUGUGCUGGCCGAGGAUACGGACAUCUUCUUUGACUACAGUGGGCGAGAUAUGGAGGACAAAGAAGGGGACAUGCAAGCCGGAUCAAACUUGUCUUUUAAUCGACAUUUCUAUGAUGAGCAUUGGUCCAAACAUCGAGUCGUCACUUCCUUGGAUUGGUCACCACAGUAUCCUGAAUUGCUAGUGGCCUCAUACAACACUAAUGAGGAUGCACCUCAUGAGCCAGAUGGAGUUGUGCUGGUCUGGAAUAUGAAGUAUAAGAAGACGACCCCUGAAUACAUAUUCCACUGUCAGUCCUCAGUGAUGUCAGUUGGCUUUGCUCAGUUUCAUCCCAACUUGGUGAUUGGCGGCACUUACUCAGGACAGAUAGCACUGUGGGACAACCGAAGUCACAGGAGGACCCCAGUGCAACGGACGCCCUUGUCUGCAACUGCACACACUCAUCCUGUAUACUGUGUGAAUGUGGUCGGAACGCAAAACGCCAAUAACUUGAUCACAGUAUCCACAGAUGGCAAGAUGUGCUCCUGGAGUCUGGACAUGCUCUCGCAGCCUCAGGAGAGUAUGGAGCUUAUCUACAACAAGUCAAAGCCGGUGGCCGUCACUUGUAUGGCCUUCCCUGCAAGUGAUGUGAAUAACUAUGUGGUAGGAAGUGAGGAGGGCACCGUUUACACAGCAUCCCGCCAUGGAAGUAAGGCUGGUAUUGGUGAAAUGUUUGAUGGGCAUCAGGGUCCUGUGACUGGAAUCAGCUGCCAUAACGCUGUGGGUCCAGUCGACUUCUCCCACCUCUUUACCACUUCCUCAUUUGACUGGACGGUCAAACUGUGGUCAACCAAGCAUAACAAGCCCCUGUAUUCCUUUGAAGACAAUGCAGACUAUGUUUAUGAUGUCAUGUGGUCUCCAGUGCAUCCAGCGCUCUUUGCUACAGUGGAUGGCAAUGGUCGUCUGGACCUCUGGAAUCUCAACAACUACACAGAGGUGCCGUCGGCAAGUGUGACAGUGGAGGGAGGAUGUGCCCUGAACCGGGUCAGAUGGGCAUCAGGGGGCAGAGAGGUGGCCGUGGGUGAUUCAGAGGGCUGUGUUUGGAUCUAUGAUGUGGGAGAGCAGUUAGCCGUGUCACAUACAGACGACUGGAGCAAAUUUGCCCGUACGCUCAUGGAGAUUCGUGCAAACCGAGGGGAUGGAGAGGAAGAAGGUGCUUUGGAGCUGCCUGCUUGAGACAUACACACACAGACACAUUUACAUUCAGUGAGAAACACGUAAAGAUACGUCAACACAGAUGCUUGAUAUAAAGUGAGUGAAUCACACAUACACGAUGCUGUGAUCACAGCUAUUUUUCCCCCCUACAAUAGUCUAUCUAUAGCAUGGGUGUCAAUUAGCAAUAACUCCUCUUCCAAUGCUAAUAGUUAAUUCCAGAACACACACACAAGUGAAUGGACUUGAUCUAACAUAUAUCCAGGGCUUGCAGUGACUAUAAAAGAGUGAGCCAGUGUGAUCAAAACAGCUGUGCCUGAAUUACAGCUUAUUUUAUAUAUGUUAAAGUACAAGGUCAUACUGAGAUACACUGACCGUUAUGUAAAACAUUACAGCAAAACCUAUGAAUGUGACUUUCUUUUUCCUUUUAUGUCGUAUGUGUGCAUAAUUUAAUACCAACUGCAGCAUAAAGCAAAUGUAAAGCGUGAGCUUACAAUAAAGGUCAUUGAGUCUCAAAUCGUGUUUUAAUCUUCAUUUAAGCAGUUAUUUGUCCAAAGUGAGGGUGAUAAAAAAAAAAAAGUUUGACUGUCAAUGUCAUAUUUCUCCAUGAUGUUUUCGUGUCAUUAAACCUUUUAUCUUUAAUCACAAUGACAACAGAUUCCUUGUUAUCCAGGUUUUUUUUCCUCCAUCAUCAGCAACUUUCAUGGACGCACGCGGCCGCACGUAGAAGGCGGGAUCCUGUUACCAUGACAAUUACGUCAAUAUUAGUGUCGGGUAACUAAAGGUCAAACUAAAGACAAGCCAGAGACGGAAGGAAACAGGCUCGGAAUGGCGGAGACUAAAGGUUUUUUUUUUUUUGCAGCAAAAGCCGGAGGAAUCACAGUAAUAAACUGGGUUAAUCGCGUUAUCGCUUGAACGGCGGUGCUUUGUCUAAAUUGAACAGGAUAUCCAUAUGUUACGAGGUACUGGCGCGGCGGGAAGGACAGUCCAUGCUAGUUUUCUGUAAAUUGGAGCAAAGCUGUAGAGCAUAGCUACCGUUAGUUAGCCGUGCUGUGUUGUUCCGUGUAGAAGCAGAAUGACUUUUGCUAACUCUCAGUUCAGUAUUAGACACAAACCCAACGGCUGGAUGGCUCUUUAGAUCGCUUUUGUGAGUGUAAAAUGCAGUGCAGCUAAGGCUUGACUGUUUGCUUCCUCUUCACCCAACUUGGUAGCUGAUAGCAACACAAGCUUACUUGGUGCAAGUUCUUCUUAUUAUUACAACUCGUUACGUGCGGUAGAUUGUGCUCGAGACUGUCUCAAAACUGACCGAUUUUCGUAUUCCCAAGCAGAAAAAACAAGGUUGACUCAAUGUCAGUCUACAAAUACGAGUCUUUUUGUUGUUGUUGUUGUUGUUAUUUUGUUUCGCUCAAACUCGGGUCGCACUGGGCUGUUUUUUUACGGUGAUGCUCAUAUGUAGAGACCGCACUUCCAGGUGUUGUUUUAAAUUCAUAACUUUGUGUUGAAGACGGAAAUAGUGUCUUAAUCGACGCAAGCAUAUUUGCAUUAAACGUCUGUGAUUAGAUCGUGUGUCUGUUCAAAUCUGCGAGGUCUUAUUCCUCAUCGCGGUCUCUUUGUCAUUGACGUGAAGGAGAGAGGACCUUUAACUUUCAACUCGGCUUUUGCUGUAUUUUCACUGCUCGGGUGGACUGUAGGGGGCAGCAAACUCACCACAAACAUUUCCGUGGUGUCCAUAUAAGAAUUCACUUAAACUAUACUUAUUUCGCUUGGUUUGUCUGUUUAUUUUCCAUCUUUGUGUGUCGUUUUUAUAUGCUGGUUGUUCAUGCCUGUAAACAUCCCCGACUGGAAGCUGUGCUAUCCGUAAAACAAGCUUUCAGUUGGAUGUUUGCUGCCAUCGUCCGGUUCUUUCGUCUUGAUAUGUGUGUUUAAUUAAACAAUAUUGCGUCCUAAAUGUUGUGUAGCAACUUAAUAAUAACUUAAUAACAACUAUAUGUACAUGUUAACUUGUUUACGCGUGCGCCAUCUGGAUCUCUUGACAUCUGUAAUGUUUUCUGUGCUAAUAUUCCAGUGUAGUCGUUGUAAACAUCCUACACUCAGCUGUAAUCUGCAGACGAGGCUGGGGGGAGGGUGUUUGCUGUGACUGACUGGAGCUCCUCUGGCAUGUAGGACACUUUACUUGAUUGAGAGGAAAAAACACGAAUGCUGAAAGGACAAAAUAAUUAAGCUGUUUUUAUUCUGUUUUACUUCAUUGUGAAUAUCAUUUACCCAAAUAAACACUUUUUAAUAAAA